AUGAAUCAUUCCUAACCCUUAGAAAAUACUGGUCCUCAGAUCAAGAAGCUCCCAUAAGAGCUUAUCGAUAAGAUUGCAGCUGGUGAAGUAGUACAACGUCCAUCUGCAGCUGUUAAGGAGCUUAUUGAGAACUGUCUUGAUGCUGGAUCAAGUGAAAUUUCAGUAGGGUUAGUAUAAGGAGGGUUAAAGUAGCUUAUUGUAGAAGAUAAUGGUUCUGGAAUUCACAAAGACGAUUUUCCACUUCUCUGCGAAAGGUUUGCUACCUCUAAGAUAAAUGAGUUUAAUGACCUUUAGAGUUUAGUUUCAUUUGGCUUUAGAGGAGAAGCGUUAGCCUCUAUUUCUUUUGUCUCCAACUUGAAAAUCACAUCUCGAAAACCUAAUUCUGACCUAGGAUAUAAAGCUAGUUUCAAAAACGGUGUUAUGCUUGGUGAAGAGCCUGAAGCAGUGAACUGUACUGAAGGGACUACAGUAGAUGUCUAGGAUUUAUUUUUUAACUAUGAUGCAAGGAGAAAAAGUUUAAAUGUUAACGAAGAAAAAAAAAGAGUACUCAAAUUGAUCGGACAAUUUGCUAUGCAUCAUGCUAAAUUGAGAUUUAAAUUUAAAAGUGAUAACCAAAUUCAAUUCUCAUCUCACAGUGUGCUUGGCUCUACAGAAUUGCAAAGAAGAGAAUAAAUUAUGUAGCAAAUUACUAAGAUUGCAGAUAAAAGCUUUACUUCAUGUGAAAGUGAGUCGACAGAAUAUUAAGUUAAAUUUAAAGGAACUUUUUCCAACAUUGGAGCUACUAAAAAAUACAAAGAAAUCACUCUCUUUAUAAAUAAUCGUUUGGUUGAAUGUGAAUCUAUCAAAAAAGCAGUAGAACGCUCUUACCAGUCUUGUUAUUAAAGUAUUCAUGAAGAAGAAGGUGGAUAUUUUUGCUACUUGAGCUUAGAAAUGAAUCCAAAGAACUUGGAUCCUAAUGUUCACCCAACAAAAAAAGAAGUCAAAUUCUUAUUUGAGUACGAAAUAGCAAAAGAAAUUGAAUCAUGGAUUUUCGAAAAUUUGAAAAAUUGUGGAGUUAUCAAACAACUUUCAGCAAAUAUUUCAUAAAGAACAUCUUCAUUUGAAACUUCAAAUGUGAAAAGAAGUAGCUCAAGUCAAUUAUAUUUUGGUUCUUAGAGCAAUUUAUCUAAGCAAAAUUCUGAUUACUAUCAACCCACCAAGCAAAUUCGUGUAGAUCCCAGAGAUUAGAAAAUUACUAGAUUCUUUUCAGUAGAAAGCUCUGAAGAUGGAAAUAACAAUUCAAAUCAAAAAAAUUAUCAAAGUAUUAAUUAUAUUGAAGAGCAGAAAGAAGAACAUCUAAACAGUCAAGAUGAUAUUGCUGAAGAACCUGUUGAUAUGAUUAAAAAGAAAAAGAUGCUCAAUGAAGAAAGAAAUUAAACUUCAAUCAGUAAUAUAGGAAGCUCUGACUAAUUAGAUGCUAAUAAUGCUCGUUCAAGUGUCAUCGAUAGGGCAAAUUCUUAAGUUAAUGACCCACGUAUUUAAGUAUAAUAAUAGUUAUUGUCUUUAAGGAAUCAAGAUAUCCAUGAUACAACAAGUUCUUUCUUUAAAAAUCUUACGUAUGUUGGCUGUAUUUCUUCUAAUCACUUUCUAGCUCAAUUUAGAGAUGAUCUCUACCUUAUAAACUCUAUUCCAUUAUGUUAAGAAAUAUUUAAAUUUGAAAUUCUGAGAAACUUUGGAUAGAUUAAGCCUGUAGAGCUAAAUUAAGCAAUAGGUUUGAAGGAUAUUUUAGAGUAUUUUUUAUUAAAUUUUGAUGAGAUACCGAAUGAGAAAAAGGAGUUCCAUCUGUCAAAUAUGGAUACUUACAUCGAGUAAUUUGGCUUAUUGAGUGACUUUUUAAGAGACUCCGUAGGCAUAGUCAUCAAAGAUUAAAAGCUCUUGGCUUUCCCUAAUUUAUUUAAUUUAUUUGAAAAUGAUAAUAACUUUAAAGAUAUCUCAUACAUUCUGUUGAGAAUAAUCACCAAAGUUAAUUUUAGCGAAAUACUCUAAUCAGGUAUGGGCUUAGCAAACGAAUUAUCAUUCUACUUUGCUUGGCAAUUAGAAAAAUCGUUUAAAAAUUAAUUGUAAAGACAGCAUUUCUAGGAAACGCAAAAGCAGAAAUGGGACGAUUUCUUUGAAUAAAAAAUGCUCCCAAUGAUUAAAAAAAAACUUUCACUCCCUAAAUUAGAUAUUAGCGAGUUUACAGUUAAGCUAUUUAAGCAAGAAGAUGCAUACAAGAUCUUCGAAAGAUGUUGA